GACCAUAGUACCUUUCAAGCGAAAGCACCCGCAAGUCUUGAAAAAGUGUCCAGAGCCAGAUUGGCCGGCUGCAGAACAACAUAUCACCAUUCAAUAGCUGACGCAACGAUCCACCAUGCCGUAUUUCAACGCAAGAACCUGCUCUCCAACAAAUCUUAAGGAUAAAGUGUUUGUCAUAUCUGGAGGAUCUACCGGUAUAGGCGCAGCAACUGUCGAGUACCUCGCAUCACUUGGGGCAACGGUGGUCUUUGGGGAUCUCAACAGAGCCGCGAGUGAGUCACUUGUCGAGAAGCUCAAAAGCCCAAACGUCAGCUUUCAACAAUGCGAUGUACGCCAGUAUCAGGAAGUGGUCGCCUUGUUUCGCUACGCUCUCUCCGAGCACGGUCGAAUCGACCAUGCGGUUGCCAAUGCCGGCGUGAUAGAGCAAGGGAACUGGUUUGACAAAUCCCUAACCAUCGACUCGGUCGAGCAGGAACCAAACGCUUUGGUGUUGGACGUCAAUCUCAAGGGUCUCAUAUACUUCUCGCGGGUUGCUGCCGUGUAUAUGGCUCAUGAUAAAAGCCCGGGCGAGGACAAAACCUUGACUCUCUUGAGCUCGGCCGCUGGCUUCAUCGAAAGUCGGAAUCUGUUCCUCUAUCAGUGCAGUAAGCAUGGGGUCCUGGGCUUGUUGCGAACGUGUAGACUGGCUUUUCCGGACGCCAUGAAGGGCGUGAGGGUAAAUGCCUUGUGUCCGUCGUUCGUGAGGACAACAAUGACCAAAGAUAUCGCUGCCAGCUGGGACGCGGCUGGUCUCCCAGCAAAUGAAGUGGAGGACUUAGCGCGGGCAAUCGCGAUGUUGGCAGCGGCCGAUACAGCCACAGCUCCCGGUCUCCUUGAAAUGGAGAAGCGUUCCGACGGUAUUGUUGUGAACGAAAUGAAUAGCACUGGUGCCAUGCAAUGGGGAGUUGUCGAGGGUCAAAGUGGCUUGACCGGGAGAGCAUUCUACCUUGAAGGUGGAGUAUGUUGGGACAUAGAAGAAGGGCUGGACAGGACGAGGCAUCUUUGGCUCGGAGAGCAGCCCGACGGUCAGAUCGUCAAAGUGCAACAACUCAUGCGAAAGGUUGGCUACCGUGAGCGGGAUUGAAAAAGCAUUGGCGAGUCGUACGGAAGCCCAAAACUCUGCUAAGUAGAUUCCACCUGCUCACCGGGAAAUGAUAUUAUAUAACUGGAAACUAGAUAAGG